GAAGAGGGGUUUGAGUGUCGCCGCUCGCUCCGGGCAGCUUUCGCUUGAACGCAGCGGCGGUGGAUAGGGUUCUUUGUUUGCCCGUGUUGACGGUAACGCGCAUGCGUACUCGCGCUCUUUCUUGAUUUCACAGGUGCGCUCAGCAGCUCGCGAGGACACGCUGCAGCAGCAGCACGAUGAUAUGGCAGAUGCUACAGCAGAGAGCACGGUGGACAUGGAGGACUUAUUCAAAACGGUGGGGGAGGUGAGAAGCCUCAUUGAAAACCUCUCCUGCCAAGCAGAUAAGGUGGAGGAACGACAGGGGGCUCACCUUUCUACUCUAAACCUAGACAAGAGAAAGAAAGACGACCUGAAGCUGCUGAACGAUGAGACCAAGAACAACGCCAACUUGGUCCGAGCCAAGUUAAAAACAAUGCAGGAGAACUUUCCUGUGGAGAAGAACGGUGAACACGCCUCAGUAAUUCAGCGUAUUCAGAAGAACCAGCACUCCCAUCUGACUCGGUGCUUUGCUGAAGUCAUGAGGGGCUUCCAUACGGCGCAGAUCUCCUUCAGAGACAGAUGCAAAGCACAGAUCCAGAGACAGCUGGAGAUUGUGGAUAAAGUGACAACAGAUGAAGAGUUGGAGGAGAUGCUGUACCGGGACAACCUCGCCAUCUUUAUAACCAACAUCAGCUCUGACGCUCUGAGCGAGAUUGAGUCUCGUCAUCAGGACAUCCUUUGCCUCGAGUCCAGCAUCAAAGAGCUGCACGAGAUAUUCGUCGACACUGCCGUGCUGCUGGAGGUUCAGGGAGACUUGAUCAACAAUAUAGAAAAUAAUGUGACCCGUGCUGCAGAGUAUGUGGACGUGUCCAAAGCAAAGACCUCUGAAGCUGUUGCAUACAAGAAGAACCGGUACAAGGUCGCUUCUCUCCCGAGCUUCUUCAAGUCCUUCAAGAGGAAAAGCUCUGCUAAAACGGCUCCUGAUCAAAAGGCCUCUAACUUAAACCUCGACUGAGCUCCCAACCUGCAGGAACACCAAACCUCCUGAUCGACUCCGACAGACAGCGUCUGACCACUCGAAGGACGACGAGGUCGUUGUUUGAUCCGUUGUGAUAACGAGUCAAAUGAAGGGGGCGAAACUCUGAGCCCGUUUGUGAGGCUACCUGCGGACUGUCGAAAGGACAAAUGAACUGUCCAACCUCCAACACAUCUGGAUGUCACUCUUUGCAGUGGUUACAUCCUCUAAAUCAUUUGGUUAUCAACUCAUGCCAGAAUUACUCUAUUUCUAUGAUAAAACAAAACACUCUCACUCGAACCCAAGCUACACUUUAGACUCGCAACAGCUUCUGGAUUCAUUUGUUCAUCAAUUCACUCAAGCUAGUGUUCCCCUUUGUGGCCAGCAGGUGGCGAGACAACACCAGGUAGAACUCUGAGCCACGAGGUGAUUUACCAACGUCAUGUUGUUUAAUAUUCUGAAAGAAAUGUCAAUCAUCUUGCUGUGAGACGAUAGCAAUCCUAUAAUAAACCUGCGGUGAGUGCUACAUCGUC